ACUCACUCUCUCUUCUCUUCGAAGAGCAGACGUCUAGGCGCUGUGUUUUGUCCCGACCGCUAGGAGAAUAAGGAUCAUCUUGUGCACGAGUUGAUGUGCACCCUGUGUUCGACAGAAUUCUCAUCCGAAAUCUGACAGCGCUUGGGUGAUCACCGUAGGCAUCGAUAGGACAUGGACCCGGAAUAUCCGAAGCCCACGACGGCGGGCAGCAGUUUUCCCCGCAAUGCGCCCAUCUACUCACCGUAUUUGAAUUUCGAUCCCGCCUACAUAAAUGCCAGCGCUCCUGAAUACAUUCUGCAGGAAGGGGCCGGACCUAGACGAGGUCGCUUCGAUCUGUGCUUCGCUCAAAUAGGCUCCUGUGUGGCCGCGGGGAGUGCUAUCGGUGGUGUGAGAGGAUUGAUACAUGGCUUGGGUGAAACCCGUGAUCUGCAAGGCUCGGUUAAACGUUCACAACUGAUCAAUUAUACGAUGAAGAGUGGUUCUUCGAUAGCCAACAAAUUGGGGAGCAUCUCCGUGAUGUACUCCGCUUUCGGUGUGCUCUUCAGCUACUUGAGAGAGAAGGAUGAUGACAUAAACACAGUUGUAUCUGGAGCUCUGACAGGACUUCUGUAUAAGUCGACCGCCGGUCUGAAGCAGUCUGGGAUUGGCGGUGCUGUCGGUUUAGGAAUCGCCGCCGCUUACGCGGCUGUGACGAGCGAGCGAGUACGAGAAUUCUUCUAGAGCUGAAGACCGAGUCUUAGUGGUGUCAAUAUUAUCGUAAGCGGGUGAGACAGUUUAUUCCUGUAGAAAGAUGUCUAUUCCCGAUCCAGGAUUUUUUCCGGCGAAAUAAAUUAAUUUGUUGCCAGAAGAAAA